AUGGAGGGCGACAGUACCGACAAUAUGGAGAUGGGUGAGAGUAAAGGGGGCUCAGGUCUGCGCCAGUACUACUUGUCAAAAAUUGAAGAGUUACAGUUGACCGUGAAUGAGAAAAGCCAGAAUCUCCGACGACUGCAAGCGCAAAGGAAUGAGCUCAACGCUAAAGUGCGUCUCCUCCGUGAGGAGCUACAGCUGCUUCAGGAGCAAGGCUCGUACGUAGGAGAAGUGGUACGGGUCAUGGACAAAAAGAAAGUUCUAGUCAAGGUUCACCCAGAAGGAAAAUUUGUGGUGGACGUGGAUAAAAACAUUGACAUUAAUGAUGUGACUCCUAAUUGCCGUGUGGCCCUCCGCAAUGACAGCUACACUCUGCACAAGAUCCUCCCCAACAAGGUUGACCCUCUGGUGUCCCUGAUGAUGGUGGAGAAGGUCCCCGACUCCACCUACGAGAUGAUCGGCGGCCUGGACAAGCAGAUCAAGGAGAUCAAGGAAGUCAUCGAGCUGCCUGUCAAGCACCCGGAACUCUUCGAAGCCCUUGGCAUCGCUCAGCCAAAGGGCGUUUUACUGUACGGGCCUCCCGGUACGGGAAAGACACUGCUGGCUCGAGCCGUAGCCCACCACACCGACUGCACCUUCAUCCGGGUGUCCGGUUCCGAGCUGGUCCAGAAGUUCAUCGGAGAAGGGGCGCGAAUGGUGCGCGAGCUGUUCGUGAUGGCGCGCGAGCACGCGCCCUCCAUCAUUUUCAUGGACGAGAUCGACUCCAUCGGCUCGUCGCGCCUGGAGGGUGGCUCGGGCGGUGACAGCGAGGUGCAGAGGACCAUGUUGGAGCUCCUCAACCAGCUGGACGGAUUCGAGGCCACUAAGAACAUCAAGGUCAUCAUGGCCACCAACCGUAUCGACAUCCUGGACUCGGCGCUGCUCCGGCCGGGCAGGAUCGACCGCAAGAUCGAGUUUCCUCCUCCCAAUGAAGAGGCUCGUCUGGACAUUCUGAAGAUCCACUCCCGCAAGAUGAACCUGACGCGCGGCAUCAACUUGAGGAAGAUCGCCGAACUCAUGCCGGGCGCGUCGGGCGCCGAGGUUAAGGGCGUGUGCACGGAGGCGGGCAUGUACGCCCUGAGGGAGCGGAGAGUUCACGUCACCCAGGAGGACUUUGAAAUGGCCGUUGCCAAGGUGAUGCAAAAAGACAGCGAGAAGAACAUGUCCAUCAAGAAGCUGUGGAAGUAA